UACUCUAUGAUUUUGACGUUUCAGAAUUUCACAUUUUGUGAUGUGAAUUUAAAGAGGUUAGAUUAAAUAAUCGCUUGAAAUCCAAAAUAAAUGUUUUCGCAGAGUUUGGUUGUAUUAAAAUGUCAUCAGCUUUAGUACGACAAGCGCUUGCAUUCGUUGAAGGAGAAGAAAAGAGCGAACAGAAAAAACGACAGGGAAAAAAGACGCAACCUCAGGAACCGAACAUAGUUCGAGACUUACAUCACCCUUAUAGACGUAAGAAUAAAAAGCCACAAGAAAUUAAAAAAUCUGAACAGGAAAUAGCAGAGGAGAAUAUCAAAAAGCUUUUAUCUUUAUCAAAGCCUACUGCAAAUAGUUCUGUUGCUGAAAAAAUUGUAGAGAGAGCAGUUAAACGUAAGCCGUUAUUGGAAAAGAUUGAUGUUAAAAAGGACGAUCACAAAUCAAUUUUGUUCCCCGGAGAAUCAUACAAAAGCUUUGAAAAGGAAUAUUUUUGCAGCUAAUUGGUGUAAAGUUUUACAAUAAUGCUUAUAUGGAUGUACCAGAUGCUGUUUUAGGAAAGUUGAUCCUAUUGUGUACAGUUACUGUGUUUAUUGUGCUUGUGUUCUGGGUUAAUACCUAUCCAUUUAUAGACAAAGAUUUAUUAAUAUAUGAAUACAUUCCUGAUCCAAAGUGGGUAUUACUGGGCUGCGCUGUUUGGGGUUUUUUCUUUGUUGGAGGUCUAAUGUCCUUCACUCUGUACCACAUAUACCCACAUCUGUAACUCAAUAUGACCAAUAUGGACAAUUGGAUUGUGAUCGGAGUGUCCGGAGUCACUUGCGGAGGGAAAACUACUUUAGCAAAUCAAUUGAAAGAUAGAUUAACUCCGGUUUACGUUUUUCAUCAAGAUAAAUAUUUCUAUGCAGACGAUAGUCCCCAUCAUGUGAAGUGUGAAGGAAUGGAACAUAAUAAUUAUGACAUACUAUCGUCUCUAGAUAUGGAGAAAAUGUAUGGAGAUAUAGUAAGCACUAUGGAGGGACAGGAUUGUUCUCAUAUGUCCUGUACGGAAAGAGAAAAAGGCAGAUUAGAAGUGAAAGGGAAGAGUUUUUUGAUCAUAGAAGGUUUUACAGUGUUGAAUUAUGCACCUAUCAUGAAUAUUUGUAAUCUAAGGUACUACUUGGUGCUGGAGUACGCGGAGUGCGCCGUGCGGCGCGCGCACCGCCUGUACUCGCCGCCCGACGUGGCCGGCUACUUCGAGCGCUGCGUCUGGCCCGAGCACCUGCGGUACCGCGCGCAGAUAGAGAAGGACAAUCGCGUGACGAUACUGGACGGCACGCGGCAAGACGCGCUGCAGCAGGUGAUGGCGCACCUCGCCAAGAUGGGCGCCGGCGCGCUAUGACACCGCGUGACACCGCAUGACACCGCACAAGGGGACAAGACACCAUCAAAGAUAUUAAUGCGUAGUGAACUAAACUGUCUUACUCCAUUUAACUAUAGUCAAAUUUAAUAGAAAUUCCUGUAUAAUUAAUUUUACCUUUGCAAGUCUGUAAAGACACUGAAAAUACUAUCUAUACUAAUAUUAUAAAGAGGAAGGAUUUGUAUUUUUGUAUGUAUUGAAAUAAAUCAAAAACUAUUGAACCGAUUUCAAAAAUUGUUUCACCAUUAAAAAACUACGUGAUCAUUGAGUAUAUAUUUAUUUUUUAAUUUCACGUAGACGAAGUCGUGAGCAACAACUAGUAGACAAUAAAUGAUAUUAUCUGAGGUGUACCUAUAUUUUAUUUCAAUUGAAUUUGACUAUAGAAUAUUCUCAAUAAAUCCGUAGCUUGCAUUAUUAUUAAAAAUCUUUACAUCACGGUUAUAAUAGUUUAUGUAUAGAACAAAAUGUUAAAUGUUAUCGUGAUUCUUGAUUAAAGUAGAAAUAAGUGUUAUUUUGUAAAAUGUGCAAACAGAAAGUUGAAAUCAAUUCUUUAUAAAUAUAAAGCCAUUUAAAAUUUAGUAGUUACCAGAUAUUACACAGCCUUAUGAACCUGCCUUAGACGUUUGAAAGUGAAAUAAUUUUAUUGCAUAUACACGUUUUAUAUAAAACUUUAUCACGAUAUAAUAAAGAAUCAUUAUUUAAAUAAAAUUAUAAUGCUUGUUUCGUAGUAUUUGUAAAUUUGUUACUAGUAUUUCUGCUGGUAUAAUGUGGCUCUUUUUGUCAGUACUUUAUGUAGAAUGUAUGAAUAAAUUAUUGGCUAUA